AGGUUUGAUGGUGUGAGGAGGACAGAUCGGGACUGGGAUGAUGUGUUGGCCGCCAGCGCUGGUUCUGCUGCUCCAGGUGUGUGUGUGUUGGCACUGGAGCUGUGCUCACAUCUCUGAUCAUUAUCAGUACCAGGAAAAUGUCAUCGAUCUCUUGGAAGCCCUGAACAUCACCAAACCCAUCCGGGGGGUGAGCAGACGAGAGGGAAUGGAGCCAGGCAUUCCCGCCUGGAAGUUCCGCAGCCGAGUACCACAUUUGACGCUCCCGCGGGAUUACGCCAUCUACUUCCUGAGCUCCAUGAAUGGCAUGAUGGGAUUGCACUUGGUGGCACGGCAGAGCCGGGGUUCAGACGCCACCGUCAUCUCCUUCACCGCCCCAUCGGUGGGCCGUGCUGACGGGCAGCCACUGCUCCGACUCCUCUCCAGCACCAAUACCAACCAACUGCGGCUGGAGUACCGCACAGUGCGCGGCCUGGCGCCCGCCUCCAUCCUCUUCCCCGGGGGCACACCGUUCGGGGGCUGGGGGCGGCUGGCACUGACCUUGGAGCCUCACCGCAUUACGCUGCUUGUAGAUUGCCAGGAAGCCGUACACUUUGAGAAGAGCGCCCGGGACGAUGGGCUGAGCCUGGCACUGCCCCUCGACCUGGAGAUCACCUUCGCCAGCACCGCAGGCAACCGUGCCAGCAAGUUCACGGGUUACUGGCAGACAGCUGAGAUAUCACCGAGUGGAUUCCUUCAGCGCCCUUGGCACUGCGACAACCUGCCUGAUUCGUUGCCGUUGCCGUACUCUGUGGCUGAGCAACGUUAUGCCGAGGCAGACGUAGGGUUCAAUGCUGAACCAGGUGUGGGGUUUAAUGCCAAGGCUGCGGUCUCAGACAGAGCUCAGUCCCAGGAGCAGCGGAGUGAGACCAACCCCCAUCUCCACGGGCCCCGGCCCCCCGGCCCCCAGCUCGAGGAGCAGCUCCAGAGCCUGGCCAACAGCAUCCAGAGCCUCACCCUCACCCUGAACACACUCACAGCUCAGGUAGUUGUUGUUGCCGUCUCUUGUGCUCAGAACGUGGAGCUGAGGGAGCGAGUGCGGAGGCUGGAGGAGUGUGAGUGCCAGGUGUCCCUGUGCCUGUGGAAGGGCCGGGAGUACAGGAACGGCAGCCAGUGGAAUGCCGAUCAGUGCAGCAUCUGUGUCUGUGCUCGGGGACAAGUGACCUGCUCCACACGGACAGACUCGCCCCUCUGUCGCGGUGAGAACACACCAUACACACACACCCAGGAGAACCAUGUCCAGCCCACACACACUGAGAUCAAACUCCCCCCACCCUAUCCGUGCGUUUCUAACCCCUGUCUGAAUGGGGGCACCUGUCGGCCUGUGACCUCCGAGCCCAGGCCCAGCCCAGGGUUUCAGUGCGAGUGUCCCCCAACUACCACAGGCCGCCUGUGUGAGAGGCCCGUCACCCAGGUGUGCUGGUUGGCGGUGUUACAGGGGCAGUGUGUGGGGGGCUCGGGGGUGCCGGAGAGACGCUGGUUUUACCGCUGGGAGACUGGCCGCUGUGAGGAGUUGGUAUUCAGCGGCUGUGGAGGAAACGGCAAUAACUUUGUGAGCCGGAAGGCGUGUGAGCGACGGUGCGUGAUCGGGGCCUGCUGCUCUCGCCGGCCCAGCACGACGGCGAUGACCCCCGGCUACGACAGGGAGGGCUAUGACAGGUACGGCUACAAUGUGUCCGGUGUGGACCGCGAGGGUAGGACCAGGCCGGCGUUCAACAGCCCAGACCUGCUCAGGACCGGAGGGGAGAUCUACAGCGGCCUGAGCGACGGCCGGGACUUUGACAAAUCCGGGCACGACCGGCACGGCUACGACCGGGAUGGUUACCACGGCGACACCGGUUACAACCUGACGGGGUAUAACCGGGCUGGGGAGCACGACACCCGGCACGACUUCAAUCCCCACGGUUACACCAGGGAGGGCCUGAGCCGGGUGGGACUGGACUGCCGGGGAGAGGACAGCCAGGGCUUUAACUACCUGGGGCUGUUUGCCCGCACAGAGUACCAUUGCCAGCACCUGUCCCUUGCUCAGUGCCAGCUCCAGCACCAGCCACACCUCAGCCAGGAGGUGGUGAGCUUCAGUCCCGGCCGGCGCUGCCAGGACGUGCCAUGUGGGCAACCCUGCGGCUGCAUCUUCUCAGGCCGCUCCUACCAUCUCGGAGAGACCUUCCAGGCCGGUUGCCAGGUCUGUGUCUGCAGCUUCACCGGCUCCGUGGAGUGCAGCUGUCGGCACAUCAACCAACGCAAGGAGAUCCGGGACUUGAGCCCCGAGGAGGCCAGUCUGUACCAGCAUGCCAUCCGCACCCUCUACCUCCAGCACGGUAUGUGGGAGGACUUUGCCAGGCUGCGGGCCGAGUACUUGCCGCAGGCCUGUGGACGCAGUACCUUCCUGCCCUGGCACCGGGCCUUCCUGCGGGCGGUGGAGCUCGAGCUGCAGAAGGUCUCAUGUGACAUCAGCAUCCCCUACCUGGAGUGGCCGCUGGAGGCCGGAGCGCUGCACAGUGCCAGCGCCUGGCAGGGCAGCAUGUUCGGGGGCGAUGGGGAGCCAGGCACCGACUGUGUCACCUACCACCCAUUCAGGGACGCCAACCCGUGGCAGCCCUGCCUCCGCCGCAGGUUCAACACCUCGAUCUCCCUGCCGGAUGCCGUGACUCUGCAGUUACUAUUGGCCGAGGAGGAUUUCAGCCGCUUCUCCCUGCAGCUGGAGAUGGUAUCCGGCCUCUUCCACCUUUGGGUGGGCGGCCACAUGGCCACUCCCUUCAGCCCCUACGACCCGCUCUUCCUGUCUCACUACGCCUUUGUGGACAAGCUGUGGAGCGUGUGGCAGGAGCGACACGGGCAGGGGCUGCCCACCUUCCCGCCUCAGCAGCGCUACCUCAAGAUGAAGCCCUUCGAUGUGGCUCCGGACGGAGUGCUGCUCUCGCGGCAGCAGCUGUGCACGGUGUACGUGCCAGUCACGCUGGGCGCUCCGUGUAAUGGUACGGGCCCCGUGGCCCCCACGGCCCCCCUGCCUCGCGGCCUCUAUGACGAGCGAGGCUGUGACUGGCAGGGCUAUGACGGGGACGGCUAUGACCGGUCGGGCUGGGACCGGCUCGGCUAUAGCCGUGACGGCUUUAACCGGGACGGGGUGGACACGGACGGCUUUGACGUGUCGGGUUACGACCGCUACGGCUUCAACCGCUCGGGGGUCUCUGCGUUCGGCAUGCGGAGGGACGGCACCUACCUGCCCCACGUGCAGCAGGAGGUCGUGUCCGGGCUGUUCCCCGGGGGCUAUAACCUGUACGGGUUCGAUCGCUUUGGCCUGGACGCCAAAGGCUUCGAUGUGUUUGGGUUCGACGUGGCCGGUUACGACAAGGACAGCUGUAACUCCUUCCGGCACGGCCCGCACUACCGCAGGUUUUACUUCCUGGUGCAGCAGCAGCUGAGCGUGGCUGGCCCCGGCGUGCUGGCCGGCAUGCGGAGGCUCUGCCCGCCCCUCACCCCCCUCCCGCGCUGGUGGCUGCUCCAGACCUGGCUGCUCACCGAGGAGCUGGAGCCGGAGAGCACCGUGCGGCGGCUGGAGGAGACCUGGACCCUCAGCCACACCUUCGACAACAACUACGUCCCCAACAUCGCCUCCGUCAGGGACCAGCUGUGGCUGCCCGUCACUCCUGAUCUCAGGUUCUGUUUUGAGCUGCACUGGUAUUCCGGGUGUCCGGUGGGAACGUUGCCAGUGACCUGCCCUGACCUGUGUCGGGAUUCCCGGUGUGUGGGCUUCCCCAGUGCUGAGUGCCACGUCCGAAACUGUGGUUCCUGCUUCACCGAGUGUACAGACUGUGUGGGGGGGAGAGUCCAUGGGGAGACAUGGAAUCCAGAUCGCUGUAAAUCCUGCUUGUGUGAGGAUGGCCACGUGCGCUGUGUGGAAGCCGAGUGCCUAAGUCUGAGCUGUUUGGAGCAGUUCACACCCGAGGGAGAGUGCUGCCCUGUCUGCCGUCCAGGUUGUGAGUAUGAGCGGGAGCACCAUGUCAAUGGAGACCUCUUCCUGUCCAAGGCCAACCCCUGUAUGAAUUGUUCCUGUGUGGACAAUCUGGUGCGUUGUUCCCCUGUGCGGUGUGAGCCGGUAACCUGCCCCCACGCCGUGCAGCGACUUGACCAGUGCUGCCCGCAGUGUCCCACAGGAGGUGGGCAAGGAUUUUGUGACUCACUGUGGCUGUGUUGUAGGUGUGAGCAGUGCGAGUAUGAGGCUCAGACACUGGUGGACGGUCAGGAAUUUCAACCAACCCAGAACCCAUGCCUCCGCUGCCUGUGUCAGGCUGGGACAGUGUCCUGUGAGAGGCUGGAGCAGAACUGUCCAUCGGUCCAAUGCAGUCACCCAGCACCACGAGCAGCAGAGUGCUGCCCGACCUGUGACAGUUGCCUGUACGAGCGAGAAUUAAUACACAAUGGACACACAUUCCACCCGCCGGGGGCUGGGCCCUGUUUACAGUGUGUCUGCACGGAUGGGAGUGUGCAUUGUCAGGAGGAGGUUUGUGCCCCUGUCACCUGCCCCCACCCAGUCGUCGACCCCCAGCUCUGCUGCCCCGUCUGCAAAGUUUGUGUGGUGGAGGCGGUGGAGUUUGCUGAGGGUGUGGAAUGGCGGUCGGACACCACGACGUGCACCACGUGUACCUGUGUGAGCGGUGACGCCGUGUGUCAGCCCGUGUCUUGUCCCCAUGUCCCGUGUCAGCACCCCACCACCCCAUCUGGCGGCUGCUGUCCCGAAUGUUCCCGGUGCCGUUAUCACCAGCAAGAUUUCAGCGACGGCCAGGAAUUCACAGACCCUGAGAGCCCCUGUCACACCUGCCGCUGCCAGGCGGGGACAGUGCACUGUCUCCUCAGGCCGUGUCCCCCGGUGACCUGCACCAGACCUGAGCAGAGACCUGGACAGUGCUGCCCCAAGUGUCCAGACUGUAGGUAUGAGGAGGGGGUGUACGUGGACGGCCAGCGGUUCCCGAGCCCCCGGAGCCCGUGUCAGGAAUGUGUGUGUGUGAACGGCAGUGUGAGCUGUCAGGACAGAGCAUGUCGCGGCGCCUUGUGCUCCAACCCCCUCGCGGGCUCCUGCUGCCUCAACAACUGCAACGGAUGUAAUUUCGCCGGGAAAGAGUAUCCAAACGGAGCUGAUUUCCCACAUCCCACCAACCUGUGUAAGGAGUGUCACUGCCUCAACGGGAACAUUCAGUGUCUGGCCAGGAGAUGCCGUCCGCUGCUGUGUACAAACCCCUUCUUACUGCCCGGAGACUGCUGCCCCCAGUGCCCAGCUCCCCCAGCCCAGUGCCAGUACUCAGGCCUUCACUACAAACACAUGGAACGCUUCUAUGACCCGACGGAGCCAUGCCGCAGCUGUAUGUGUGCCAACGGCACGGUGACGUGUCAGCGCACACCCUGUGCCCCCUGCCUCUGCUCACACCCCAUCCUCCAGGACUGCUGUCGUACCUGUGACGGCUGCCUGUUCGAGGGGAAGGAGUAUGCUAAUGGGGAGCAGUUUGCUGACCCCGGUGAUGGCUGUAGUGUGUGCGCGUGUCGCGAGGGCAGUGUGACAUGCGAGCGUCGCCCAUGUGCAGUGGUGGAGUGUCCCUUCCCGAUGCAGGGUCCAUGCUGCCGGCUGUGUGACGGCUGCGGUUACCUGGGUGAGGAGUAUCUGAACGGACAGGAGUUCCCGGCGAUGGAGGACAGGUGCAGUCGGUGUGAGUGCAGUGGAGGCUUCGUCACCUGCACCAAGAGGCCGUGUUACAGCCCAGGGUGUCCUCACCCCAGCCACAGCCACGGGGAAUGCUGUCCUGUGUGUGAGGGCUGUUUGUACAGUGGAGUCACUAUUGGCAAUGGACAGACAGUGCCAGACCCGGCCGACCCUGUGUGCUCCCAGUGCACCUGCCGGUUGGGUUCUGCGCAGUGUAUGAGGAGACUAUGUGCCCCAGUGACCUGCUCACACCCCAUCCCCGGGUCCUGUGACUGUCCACAGUGUGAAGGUUGUCAUUACCAGGGACAGGACUACAUGGACGGAGCCACAUUCGCGGCUCCCAGAGGAGAAUGUGAAGAAUGUCGGUGCCAGACUGGGACGGUGAGGUGUGGACUGAAGCUGUGUCCAGAGCCACAGUGCCCACACCCAGCAUUCACACCCUGUGGCUGUGCUGUCUGUGACGGCUGCUCCUACAACAACAGAGAUUGCAGCAACGGGGAGACUUUCACAGACCCCAGCAACACCUGUCAAAUCUGCACCUGCCUGGCUGGAGCAGUGAGCUGUGUGCCUGUGGGCUGCCCUGCGCUGGCGUGUGGGAAGCCGGUGGAGCUGCCCGGUGAGUGCUGCCCACGAUGCCCGAGCGGCUGUGACUAUCUGGGCCGUGUGUACACCAGUGGCUCCACCUUCACCGCCCCUUCAGACUCCUGCUCCAAGUGCAGCUGCCUGGACCAGGUGGUGAGCUGCCAGAGGAAGCGCUGCCCAAGGCAAUGUACCCACCCCCUGCCCACAGGCGGCUGCUGCCCGGCUUGUGCCGGCUGCCUGUACCAGGGGAAGGAGUUCAGAAACCGGCAGAUCUUUACCGUGACGGCAGAGCCCUGUAAGCGCUGUAACUGCCUGAACGGCAACGUGCUGUGUACACAGGUAUUGUGUCCUCAGGUGACCUGCCCAGACCCCAUGACCAGCGCUGAUCAGUGCUGCCCACAGUGUCCAGCGUGUAGUUAUUACGGGAAGGAGUACCAGGAAGGAUCUCAUUGGAUCUCAUCAGUAAACCCCUGUCAUGAGUGUGUGUGUGCACGUGGUGAGGUGAAGUGUUUGCCAGUGGAAUGCACAGCCUCGUGUGAUUCCCCGGUGCCGGUUGCUGAUGGCCGGUGCUGCCCACUGUGUGACGCCUGUUAUUUUGAAGGCUCGGUGUUCAGUAAUGGAGAGGCGUUCAGUCCUGACCCGUGCCGACAGUGCACAUGUAGUGCUGGUGAUGUCCGCUGUGUGAACACACUGUGCCCGAGGCUGAGCUGCUCACAGCAGGUGCAGGAGGUGGGGAGCUGCUGCCCUCAGUGUCGAGGUUGUAUGUAUGGAGGGAAGGAACAGGAGGAGGGGGCCACCUGGAGCCCUGCCCCCUGUGUCUCUUGUAUGUGCGUGAAUGGAGUCACCACCUGCUCCCACAUCCGCUGCCUGACUCCCUGCCUCAGUCCCAUCCCCACGUCUGGGGACUGCUGCCCCCGGUGUGCAGACUGUGUGUUCGAGGGCCAGGUUUACGGGCCGGGGGAAAGUUUCACACCCAACACUGAUCCCUGUGACAUCUGUACCUGUGAGGUGUCUCUGGCCGGGGAACAGCAGCUUAGAUGUUACCAGCGACAGUGUCCAAGCCUCAUCGACUGCCCCAAACAUCUCAUCCAGUUCCCUGUCCCCGACCAGUGCUGUCCUCGCUGUGCCCAGCCGCUCAGUAACUGCACUGACAGCCUCCAUGGCAGCGAACUCCUCGCCACCGACAAUCCUUGUUACACCUGUCACUGCAACGACCUCACUUGGACGUGUGUGCACCAGGACUGCCCUCUCCUCAGCUGCCCCCGCCAUGAGCAGGUCACCUCCGAGGGCGCGUGCUGCCCACAUUGUGACGAGUGUGUGAUAGAGCUGGAGAGACGGCGCGUGUCUGACGGGGAGACAUGGACAGACAACACUGACGCAUGUGUCACGUGUACAUGUAAUCUCGGGUACAUUGAGUGCCAGGUGGAGGAGUGUGAGCCACUGCUCUGCCAGGACGGCCUCCUUGCUGUGACGACCCCAGCCCACUGCUGCCCCGAGUGCCAAGACCCCAUGAUCUCCUGCAUGUACCAGGGCCGAGUGUACAGCUCUAACCAGCACUGGGAAGUUGAUCAAUGCACAAGAUGUACUUGUGUGUCUGGGGAGGUUCACUGUCAAACUGACCGCUGCACAUUGCUCACCUGUGCCUCGGAUGAGACUCCGGCACUGGUCCCUGGGAUGUGCUGCCCACACUGUAUGCCACGUCCUGCCACCUGCGUGGCCUUUGGAGACCCCCAUUACCGCACCUUCGAUGGCAAAAUGAUUCAUUUCCAGGGAACGUGCAGCUACGUGCUGGCGCAGGAUUGCCAGGCCGGCGACUUCAGUGUACGUGUGACUAAUGAUGACCGUGGCCGUGUUGGGGUGGCCUGGACGAAGGAGGUGACGGUGCUAGUGGCUGACGUCCAUGUGCGGCUGCUCCAGGACUGGGCUGUGACGGUUGAUGGACACACAGUGUCGCUGCCAUUCCUCCGGGAGCCGUACAUCUAUAUUGAGAGGAAAACAAACACCAUCUUAUUAAACACCAACAUCGGCGUCAAGGUGCUGUGGGACGGGCGCUCACACCUGGAGGUGAGUGUCGCCGGGACGUACCGGGGACAGACGUGCGGUUUGUGUGGAAACUUCAACAAUUUCCCUCAGGAUGAGCUGCAGCUGCGCUCGGGCCUCACCACCAUCUCUCAGGCUGCGUUCGGCAACAGCUGGAAGGUCACUGAUGGGAACGAGACGGGUGCUGGAUGUGUUGACGGGCAGGACAUUGACCCGUGUAAAGAGGCCGGUUAUCGCGCUCGUAAGGAAGCCAACGCCAAGUGCAAGAUCCUGAAAUCAGCCGCGUUCCAGCCCUGCCACACCCUGGUGCCCCCGGAGAUGUUCUUCGGCUCCUGUGUGUAUGACCUGUGUGCCUGUGGGGCCACAGGUCUGCCGGGCGGAGACACCGGUGAUGGCUGUCUGUGUGAUGUACUCGAGGCUUACACCUCAGAGUGCCGCGAGGCCGGUAUCAUCCUGCACUGGCGAUCACCAGGGCUCUGUGCUGUUGGCUGUCCCCAGGAGCGAGGCUAUGUGUUUGACGAGUGCGGACCCCCGUGUCCCAAGACUUGCUUCAACAAGGACGUGCCGCUGGGGGAGCUGGAGGCUCGGUGUCUCAGCCCCUGUGUCCCUGGCUGUCAGUGUCCCGCAGGCCUGUUAGAGCACGGAGCUCACUGCAUCCCACCACAGGACUGUCCCAAAAUCAUCCACGGCGGCCUGUGACCCCCACACACCCUGACAUAUCCCCACACACCCUGACAUACCCCCACAUGCCCUGACAUGCCCCACAUGCCCUAACCCUCACACAAACCCUGACCCUCACACACUCUGACCCUCAC